ACGAUAUGCAAUACGCAACGUCAAAAAUUUCCAAUCGUUUCUAUAGAAAGAAUUGAAGUAAAAAGUGAAUAACUAAGGAAAAUCAAAUAUGGAGAAAGUUUUCUCGAUAAGCUGGUCGAAUCGUAUUUUAUUGGUCAGCCUUUUCUGCGUUACAAUUUGCAUGACGAUUCAAACACACGUCGCUCGUCUUACUGUACCGCUUCAUUUUUUAAUAUCUUGGGCAAUUUUUGUCAUCACUAUAUCGAUAUGGCUGAGCUGUUUCGUAUUGAGAUUAAUGCUCAAAGUUAACGCACCUCUGACCAUUGAACCUUUCAACAACUGGGCUCAGUGUUGGAUGAAAAAUGAUCGAAAACCGGUUGUUGAACGCGGCGAUAACGACGAAGAAACGAAGACAGAAAAUGAGAUACAUAGACAAAAUACAGAGAUAAAGAACCUUCUGCGAGACCUGAGGGCCAAUGGAAAUUUAGACGACGGAUCUGUUCGAGGACAAAAUCUGCCUCCAACUUUUGUUGAAAAAAUAAACGUCGAACAAGUUAUAAAUCAUAUUGACGCCAACUUUGUCAGAAUUUGGUACAGAAAUCUGAGCAAUGACGAUACUUUUCCUAACGAAUCGAAACAGUUGCUUGAAAAUCUGAUAGCUAAAUUCAAUCAUCAAUUAAUACGAAUUGAUCGAAUUGAAUUGGCUAGAAAAAUUGGCAACAUAUUUUUGAUGCACUUGAAAGAAUAUCGUAGAGCGCUGCGUCGUGUCGAGAAGGGAACUGCCUUAGACAUCGAAGAUGCCUAUCGCUAUGUCCACCCGGGUUCGCGAAGCUUACCAGCGUUGGAGCACAGUCUUCACCGAGUGGUCACUGUAUUGGCGAGAGAAUUUUUACAAUGGGAAUUGACGAGCUCGUUACCUUGUAAACUUUUAUUUUCAAUACUGGCAAAAAAAUUGCUUACAGGAAUAGAAACCAUCAGUUCUCCAGAGUGGAUUUUAAGAGAAAUUGUAACAGCGAUCAGCUCAGUGCCAGUAAAAAAUGAGAAACAUGCUUCAGCUAGCGAGAGCGUUGUGUCUACGGCACUCAGUGACGCCAUACGUUCUACAACAGCUGCAGCGAUGUCGCGUCCCUUGCCUAAAGCUGGUCAAGGAGCUGAUAUUUCACCAGAUUUUGAAGACAACAAACAGAAUGCACAAAGCACAUUGGAAAGGAAAGCUGCUCUGAGUUUGGAAGGUUUAGAAAUAAGCCACAGAGGAUUGUGGGCUAAUGUUGAAAUAUCUGAACCUGAUUCUGAACCAGAGGAGGACAGGUUGUCACCGGUUUAUGAAGAACCAACUGAUUUUGCAACGACUAUCGCCAGACUGCGAAGUCUUUUGCACCAAAAAUCCAACGCCACGACGCCAUUGCAGUUGGAGGAAAAGUCUUGUACAGUUUACGAAGGCAGCCACUUGACUAUUCCUUGGACAGAAUUUCAUACGGCACCCGAUGGUUCUCAGCAGCUUCUGUACUGCAUACAGUUUGACGAUAUAGAACAGCAUGGAUCACACUUAUUUGAAACUACUACAGCGACUGUUAAGAGGCAGUACUCAGAUUUUGUACAACUUCACGCCAGUUUAGCAGAAGUUCCAUCAUUGGCAGUUGCGAUAUCAAACAUAACUUUACCAGAAGGUGGACGUGUGGAGAUGGAAAAUUAUUUAAAACUAGUUUGCUCUCGUUUAGCCGCCGAUUAUCCACCACAAUUACGUCACUUUUUGAGGCCAAGCAGCAGCAGUAAUAAAAAAGCAGAUACAGUAGCACCGCGCCUGGAUAGAUUUUUGGCUAAAACCGUAAGCGGGGUGUUCAAUACUUUGAAAACUGUUGUACCUGGUUUUGAAAUGGAUCCAGAAAUAGAAGUAAUGCCGAUACCAACGUUAAUGUCACUGGCUGACGUUCCGUGGCGGUUUGUUGAGAACUUAAAAUCCCAGAAUUUAGCUCGCGAAUUGCAACAAUUGGUUGCGGAAAGAAUGGACUACUGUUCUGUGGACACAGCUUACGAAGCAGUCGAAUCUGUCGAAGGUAGCGGUGAUUCAGAGCUGCUAGCUCAUUGGUGGGAAAUUUUUAACACGCCAUACGACGAAGAACUUGAUGAAUUGGAUAGUAAAAUAACUUUAACACAACUAGUUGUCGACUUGGCUUCUGAAAUUUUGGGCGGAUCUGGAUGUGACAAUGUUAUAGAACAAGAAGCUGUUGUUAGAACAAUCAAAUUGUUCUUUGGAAAUAUUGCUGAGACCUCUUUACAAAAUUCGAUUCUUAAAUCUUUUAAACACUUGGAUAAUCUGGACAUAUUUACCAACUCUGUGAACGAAAAUACCAAAGGAUUAGACAUAUUGCAGGAUGAAUUACUACAACAAUUAAUGUCAGCAAUCCCACCACACGUGAAGAUAUUCUUAGGGGACAACGAAACAAGCGAAGCAUUUAAAUUUCUUAUGAGGUCUUUGGAUAAUAAGAAGAUCAAUCGGGAUUUGUGUUUACAAUUAUUGGACGUUUUAGCUUCACAAUUAUUAGCUACAUCCAGAUCAACCAAUCAAGGUGUAUCAGCGUACUGAAAGUGAACAAAUACUUAGGUUGUCCUAAAUUUAUUUUCAAGACAAAGCAAACAUUGUCUGCUGCAACUAUUUUAAAUCUGGUAGUCACACCUGGACGUAUUGACUUUUGUUUCUA